GCGGCGAUAGAUCUGGUUUCUUCUCCGGCGAAGCUUGCUAUCGCUGUUCUUCCGUAGCGCCCCCUGUUCUCCGCUCCGCGCCGGCGCCGGAACUUCGAUUGUUUGGGAUGAAAAGUCAUGAUUGUCAUGUAUUCAUGCAGCGUCUCUUGCCAAUUGCUUUCCGUGAUUUCCUCAUAGAUGAAGUUUGGGGUCCCUUAACUAAGAUCAGUAACUUUUUUAGAGCUUUAACUGCUCCGAUUAUUCAAGUCAGUAACAUGGAGAUGUGGGAGGAAAAAAUUGUUGAGACCAUUUGCAAGUUAGAGAAAAUAUUGCCGCCAGCAUUCUUUGACUCAAUGGAGCAUUUGGCUAUCCAUCUACCAGAUGAGGCAAAAGUUGGAGGACCUGUCCAAUUUCGUUGGAUAUAUACUUUUGAAAGAAAAAUGCAUGACCUUAAGAAAACAGUGUUGAACAAAAAUCGUGUUGAAGCUUCAAUUUGCGAGUCUAAUAUUCUUUCAGAAAUUUCCUUCUUUUGCUCGCAUUAUUUUGGAUCUAACAUAGAGACAAGAUUGAAUCGUCAACCAAGAAACAUUGUCGGCAUGAGUGAUGAUAUGGAUAAUUGUUUGUCUGUCUUUAAACAUCGAGGUCAAGCAUUAGGUGGAGAAAUGCGGAUGCGUGCAUUGUCACCCAAAGAAUUAAAGGCAGCAGAACUUUAUGUUUUGCUUAAUUGUGAAGAAGUGAAUCCAUGGAUUGCGCUUUUUGAUUAUCAAGUAUGUUCUAGUCUAUCAGAGGAUCAAAUUCAAAUCAAACGGCAACUUGAAUUUAUUCCUUGGUUUAAGACAACG